GUUUUUGUACACCUGGGUGUAUCAGGGGCGGGUGCAGUGUUCACACUAACUUUAACGGCUAUGUGUCCAUUUGAUUUACUCCAUAUAAGUGGAAUGUAGUAAAUGCCCCGAGGUAGGCAAUAGCAAUCCCUUUGAAGACUGGCGGAGCUAAGUAGCAGUACACGCAAGCAAAACGAGCGCCCCUCUUUCGCUGCCCAGGCGAGAGGGGGUAAACAUCCCACACUCAGCAGGUCGCCAGGUUUAGAUGGGAAAGCGAGAUCGGGACGCGGCGUUGUCUCGUUUCCACCGCCUCGGACCAGCCUUUUCACUCAUGUUUGCGCGGUUGUUGCUGCCUUUGCUCUGGGCUCGGUCCGCGGAGGCCAACUUCUUCCAGUUCGACAGAAUUUCCAAUGUUUCCACUUACUAUUUUAAUUAUAUUUAUUGUAAUAUAUGGGAAGGCGAUUGUCAGCCCAACCAGGAUGAUGCUACACAGCAAGUUCCUAUCAGGGACCUUUGGGCAGGUUUCCCUCAGGACUACGUUAGCCUGCUGCAUCAGUGGUACUGUAGCCUGGGCCAGUGCUGCGAAUCUGGAGACUGCAGGAUUACUAACAACAUUACAGGUCUGGCGAGAGACCUUCAAACAAGGCUCCAUGGGCAGCACCUGGCUCAGUCUGUGGUUCUGAAAGCCAUCCAGGGUUUUAUCAACAACCCGGAGUCCAACAAGCCACUGACACUCUCAUUCCAUGGCUGGUCCGGCACCGGCAAGAACUUUGUGGCCCGGAUCAUCGCCGAUAACCUGUAUCGUGACGGGGUGAAGAGUGAGUGUGUCCGACUGUUCAUCGCCCCGUUCCACUUCCCACACGCCAGACUGGUGGACACGUACAAGGGCCAGCUGAGAGAGGCGAUCCGCGACAUGGUGUUGCGCUGCCCUCAGACUCUGUUUAUCUUUGAUGAGGCUGAGAAGCUUCACCCAGGUCUCAUCGAUGCCAUCAAACCCUACAUGGAUCACUAUGACAAUGUAGAUGGCACCAGCUACCGCAGAGCUCUCUUCCUCUUCCUCAGUAAUAUUGGUGGAGCAACGAUCAAUGAUGUGGCGCUGGACUUCUGGCACUCUGGUCAAAAUCGAGAGGACAUCGGUAUGGAAGACCUGGAGCAUCGACUACGAGCAGAAACUAUGGAGUCUCAAGGUGGGUUUGCUCAGAGUGAGCUGAUGUCCGGCCACUUGAUUGACUUCUUUGUGCCAUUCCUUCCUCUGGAGUACCGCCAUGUCAAGCUCUGUGCACGGGACGCCUAUGCAGCACGAGGUCUGGAGACGGAUGAAGCUACGCUGGAUGAGGUGGCCAAGGCGAUGCUGUAUGUCCCCAAAGAGGAGAGACUGUUCUCAGCCCAGGGAUGCAAGUCCAUACCCCAGCGGAUCAACUUCUUUCUCCCCUAGAAGGAGAGACAGACACAGAAAGACAGAGAGACCUGGAGGGAGGUGUGAGAUUGCUUUACCAGCCCAUCUGCAUACAGAGCCACAGAGGAGAUGUGUCUUCUCUGCUCUGCGUACUCUCCCCCCACAGACACAACAAGUGUCUGUCCAGGUCCCUCAGAGAAGGCCAGGGAGCAGGGCAGAUCCAGUAUGAGAGGGGAAAGCAGCACAACCCACCCUGCAGACAUGAAUAGUGCCAGACGGUGAUCAUGUGCAGUGUGGAAUCCUCACAGUGUCAAGACUGAUAAUAGAAGACUUAUUAGUGGUUGUGCAGUGUAUGUCACAGAAGAAUACUCAUACAUUUUUGUCACACUAUAUCUGUUCACCUUGGCCAAAGUCUGAGAUGCACUUUUUUUUUAAAAUGUUUAGAUGAGGUCAUUCUUCUUGCGUUAGUAUUUGCAUGUCAGACAUUGUGCUGAUAGCACUGAUUAUUUAUUGACGUGCCAUAUUUGAGCAUUUUUUGUGGGGUUGUUUGAAUGCACAUUUGGUGGUACUGUAAGCCAUUAGUAAAUAUUAAAUGGUACUGUGGUGGACAGUAUGAAGUGUGUAAGAGCUAACGUACAUGGUGCUGUGGUGCAGAUGUUACUUGAAAUUGUUACUGGAAAACAUGUCAAAAGCAAUUUAAUAUUUUUUUUUAUUGUCAGUAAUUUGAUUGUUUCAUAUAAACCUGAUACAUGGUUGUUGUCUUCAUUAUUACAUAAUAUACUGCUGUUUUGGGGCAUUGUUAGUUAAAUAUAUAUUUUUAUUCCCUGACUUUCUUUAUCGCUGUCAUUCAUGCAUUCACUUUCACAUACACUCACUGGGUCUGAGUUGAUGUGCUUUAGUGAUUUUGUUAGCUAAAGCUCAGCGUUAUCACAAGAAGAAUGUGAAAAGAAAUGUCAAAAAUGGUUUAAGAAAAUAAAAAUUCACAGUAAAUCAACAAAA